AAAGACAAGAUCCAAACGUAUGAUUAUGAUUCAUGACGCGCUCGCUGCCAAAAAAAGAACUGCAACUGCUCCCCGUUAUUUACGUGCGAGGAGAUCUCGCCAACACCCACGUGUCAUCGCCUUCUCCUUUGGUAUCCACGUGUACUCUCUUCUCCUCCGAAAAAACUCGAAAAUAAUUCAAUCAGAUCGAGGGCCGGACACAAACUAAUUCAACAGAAUCCCAAGAGGCUUUGAAAGUUUAGACUGAAGAUGAGGAGUCUUCUCUUUCAUCAGGGGAGGUAUCAUCAACUGCUGAUGAUCAGCCGCUCCCAGGUCGUCGGCGGCGCUCUCAAUCGCAAACGUAUGUUUUCUAAUGAGAAUACAAGUGACACUCUUCAUGAAAUCGGAGAGAAGGCGAGGUCAACAGCUGAAGAGUUCACUAGGAAAGCCAAAGAAGGGAAAGAAUCAAUGAAGGAAACUGCCCAAGAAGUUAUGGAGACCGCCAAGGAUGCAACAAUUGGAGAGACCCAAGCAGAUAAAGAGAAGUUCAAAGAGAAAGUCGAAGAGGGUAACUACGACAAAAUAGGCCGCGACUAAUGUGCUAUCAUAUUGAUCAGGUUAGGUAGGCCCUGCGUUUGUGCUCAAUGUGCAAACAAAGUUUGGAUUUGGAUUUCAGUUUUCAGUACUCUCUGAGCUCUAGACGUAUGCUUUGAAUGUAACAGGGCUAUUAGAGUUUCUUGCUUCUAUUUGCAGAAUAAGGAUAGUUGAGUGAGUUUUUUUCAGAUGCAGUCGAGUGCAUUAACGGUCGCUGUUCAGCAGCAGGAGUACAUUUAAAUAUGUGUGAUGUUGUGGGAAGCCUAUACAUAAACUUGGACUCAUAAACAUGCCGUUUCUAAUACCAUCUUUGUUAUUUUA